AUGACUAGAAUCAACUCUAAGCUUACUACACUGUUAGCUGUAGCAUCUAUUGCUUCCGCUAUCACUCCUUACCAAAAUGCUGAAUUUGAAGCUGUAAUGGCUGAUGUCCAGUCUAACAUUGGCGACUACAUUUCUUUAGUCAUGACUGGCCAACUUUCUUUAGCUGACUUGCCAUCUGGUCUUAUGGAAUAUGUUGAGGCUGUUAUGGCGAGUAGUACUGCUGAAUACUCUUCCUUGAUGAAUAACAUUGAUUUUAGCGCUGUUGAUUCCAUGAUCACUGGCUUAAGUUGGUAUUCUACCAGGUUGCUUCCAAUGAUUGAAUCAUACUACUCUGAAGAGUUAGCUACAAUGACUACAUCUACUACAUCCACUUCAGCUGCCGUUACUACCACCACUACCUUCACUUCAACCGUUUCUUCCUCUGCCGGUGCUUCCUCUACUGGUGCUUCUUCUACCGUUGCUUCCUCUACUGGUGCUUCUUCAACCGGUGCUUCUUCUACUGGUGCUUCUUCUACCGGUGCUUCUUCUACUGGUGCUUCUUCUACCGGUGCUUCUUCUACUGGUGCUUCUUCUACCGGUGCUUCUUCUACCGGUGCUUCUUCUACUGGUGCUUCUUCUACCGGUGCUUCUUCUACUGGUGCUUCUUCUACCGGUGCUGCCUCCUCUGCUGCUGUUUCUUCUACUGCUGUCACUUCCCAAGUUUCUCCCUUCUCAAACAGCACAGUUGUUAGCUCUGCUGCCUUAUCUCAAGUCUUCUCCAACUCAACUGCUAUCAACUCGAAUGCCGUUGGAACCACCAUCGUCACUGAUUCUGUCGACUCCACUAUUUUCUUGACUGAGACCAGCUGUCCAGGUGGUUGCUCAAAGACUACUUCUGCUGCCGCAGUUGAAGCAACUACUGCUAAGACCAGCGCUAUUGCCGCCCAAAGUUCUAGUAAAUCUAAAGCCUCUUCCACUGCCAUUGUCUCAGCACAAACUGCUAAUGGUGCUGCCAAGGCUGCUUUCGGUAUGGGUGCCGGUGUUCUAGCCGCCGCUGCUUUAUUAAUGUAA